GUGUCCUCUCCAGUGGGGGCUCUGAAGAAGAACGCCGUGCUGCAGGAGCUUUGUCUAGCCAGCAAUGAUCUGAACAGCUACCAGGACUCCAUGCAGCUGGGGGAGCUCUUGAAGAACAACCGCAGCCUGCGCUCGCUGGACCUCAGCAACAACCUCAUAGCUGAUGAGGGUCUAGAGGAAAUAUGUGAUGGGCUGAAAUAUCAGCAAUCAGGCCUGAGGUCUCUGGUGCUUUUCAACAACCAGAUCACACACGCUGGCAUGGUACCUAUGGCAAAUGUUUUGCCUCAUUUAAGGACACUUGAAAAUUUAAAGCUGGACCAAAAUAAAUUACAGAACGAGGGCAUCCACAUCCUCAAGGAGGCCUUCAUGAGGAAUAGGUCCAUACUGCAGCUAGGCUUAGCAGAUACACAGAUAACCUGUGAAGGUGCUGUGGCCCUGGCUGAGUUUAUUGCAGAGAGUCCACAGAUACGACGCCUUGACGUUCGCAGAAACCACAUCCUCUGCGGGGGCCUGAUGGCCGUCUCUCUAGCCCUGAGAAUCAACGCCUCCCUUAUCGCCCUGGACCUGGACCUGACGACAAAGCCAGAAAAGGAGGAGUUUCUGAUUGAAACCCAGCAGAGGCUCUUGCAUGGCAUCUCUGAUCUGUGUGCAAAGAAGAAUGAGAUGGAGAAAGAGAAAGCAAAGGAGAAAGAGAAGGAGGCAGAGAUGGAGAAAGAGAAAGCAAAGGAGAAAAAGAAAGAAAAAGAGGCAGAGAUGGAGAAAGAGACACAGUCACAGACACACUGGCAGUGGCCAGAGAGACAAGCCUGAGGCCCACUCCCCUGCCAGCAAGCCACCGUGAGGCACAGCUCCACCGCAACAACCCUAUCACACACACACACACACACACACACACACACACA